UCGUCACAUCCAGUUUCUAAAAACUCUAGAACAUUACAGUCUUUGAUUACCGUAUGUUCGAGUGCUUUUCUUCUGUGUGUAUGACACGGCAUAUAAAGCUACAGUCAUUAAUAUGACAGUGCAUAGCAAACGAUUUUGGUAUGUGGCGCCAGCAGUUGCCUGAACUCAAUGACUAUCUACAUUUUACACCUUCCGAGCAAGUCUGGUCAUCGAAAUUUUGCUAAUACAAGAAAAACAUUUCAGACCUUUCGUGCGUGCCAUCGUUUGCCACCAUUGCAUUGGCUAGCAACAGAUUCCCCAGUCACAGAUGGCCCAAGUGGUGUACACAACUUGAUAUCAGGACUUCUUUGCCACAACGGACUGUAAUCCUGUUGACCUGGUCCACACCAGGAGUGGGGCUAGAGGGGGGGCGGUGGCAAUGCUGUGUUGGGGAAAUGCUUCCUUCGGUCAGCUAGGUUUGGGCGGGAUCGAUGAGGAGAUUGUGGUGGAGCCCCGGAAAUGUGAUUUCUUUCAUGGGAAGCAGGUGUGUGAUAUCGGAUGUGGCCGACGGCACACCACAUUUCUACUGGGAGACGGGACUGUGUACACCUGUGGCUGCAAUGACAUUGGGCAGCUGGGGCACGAGAAGUCUCGAAAGAAACCAGAGCAGGUUGUGGCACUAGAUGCACAGAACAUUGUGGCAGUGUCAUGUGGGGAGGCCCAUACUCUCGCACUGAAUGACAAAGGACAAGUGUUUGCAUGGGGCUUGGCCACAGAUGGACAGCUGGGCCUUGCAAACUUCGAAGAAUGUGUACGUGUGCCCAGAAACAUCAAGAGUUUAUCAGAUGUAGAAAUUGCUCAGGUAGCCUGUGGAUAUCGGCACUCCCAUGCUCUGUCUAGAGGAGGCCAAGUCUAUUCAUGGGGACAAAACCGAUACGGACAACUAGGGCUGGGAGUAGCUGGACAAGGCAUCUCUACUCCCCAAGUCAUCCAGUCUUUACAGGGGAUUCCCUUCAUCCAGAUCUCAGCAGGGGGUGCUCACAGCUUUGCCCUCACAUUCUCAGGGGCCGUCUUUGGCUGGGGGCGCAACAAGUUUGGGCAACUCGGCCUCAAUGACAACAAUGAUCGGUAUUAUCCAGCCCAGCUCAAGUCCCUCAGGUCACAGAGGGUUAUCUACAUCUGCUGUGGGGAGGACCACACUGCCGCACUUACAAAGGAAGGAGGUGUGUUUACAUUUGGAGCAGGAGGGUAUGGCCAGCUUGGACAUAACACUACAAACCAUGAGAUCAACCCCAGGAAGGUGUUUGAGCUCAUGGGAAAUGUAGUCACACAGAUAUCCUGUGGAAGACAGCACACUCUGGCCUUCAUCCCCUCCUCUGGAAAGAUGGAUUCAUUUGGGCUGGGAGGGAACGGGCAGCUCGGUACACGCUCCACAUCCAACAGGAACAGCCCUGCCCCAGUCAAAGGCCCCUGGGUGGCCUACAAUGGCCCGACGCCCACAAUCGCAGACAUGGAGCAGGGCUGCUGUGUUAAGAGGAUCUAUGCUGGAGGGGACCAGAGCUUUGCCCACUGUUACACUCCCCAGAACCCUCUGGUGCCUGACGACAUCAGAAUACCAGAUCCCAGAAGACACAUAUGCACCUUAUCUGCUGAUCUCACUCAGAGAUGGCUGAACCAUUAUACACACGGAAGACUCCCACAAGAGAUUUCCAACGAGAUCGAUCUUGUGUUUUCCUCUGCAAGUUGCCUCAAUGGAAGCUUUCUGGCUGGCAGCCAUCCAGAUCACUACAACACGAGCAGUAAAUGCUCAGGGGUGGACAUGAACAUGGCUCGCCUCUUGUUUCACAGAGUCGUUCAACAUGACUAUCCAGAAAUUGCACAGCAGAUUGCAGCCAGUCUGGAAAAGAACCUGAUUCCCAGACUAAGCAGCUCCCCUCCAGACAUCGAGGCCCUGAGACUCUACCUCACCCUGCCAGAGUGUCCUCUCUUCAGCGACCCAAACACAUACGUGACUCUGGCCAUCCCUUUUGCCAAGGCAUUCAUCAGUCUGAAAGAGGCUCCACUGAAGGUGCUUGGCAACUGGUGGUCUCAAUUCGAAGCCCCAGUCUUCCAGAGGCUUGUGGAGCUGUAUAAGGUGGUGGUGGUUUACCUGCUGAAGAUGCACAAGGUGGGAGUCCCCCACUCAGAGCAGAGGGUCUUCACCUGCUUCCUGGACACGGCACUCAAGCUUCUGGAGAUCCUGCACGCUGUGAACGAAAGAGCCGGACAUAUCAUACAGUACGACAAAUUCUACAUUCACGAGUUGGAUGACCUGAUAGACAUCCGAAACGACUACAUCACAUGGAUUCAACAGCAGAUGUACUCUAUGGCUCAUGACAGUGCGGUCACCCUCUGUAAGUACCCCUUCGUGUUUGAUGCCCAGGCAAAGACCACCCUGCUUCAAACUGAUGCUGUUAUUCAAAUGCAGAUGGCAGUGGACCAGGCACAGCGGCAGAACUUCAGCUCCAUGUUCCUUCCGGUGGUGGAGUCUGUUAACCCCUGCCUCAUCCUCAUUGUGAGGAGGGAGAACAUCGUCGGGGACACCAUGGAGGUCCUCAGGAAGUCCAAGAACGUCGACUACAAGAAACCUCUGAAGGUGAUCUUUGUUGGAGAAGAGGCGGUCGAUGCAGGGGGUGUGCGGAAGGAGUUCUUCCUUCUCAUCAUGAGAGAGCUCCUGGACCCCAAAUACGGCAUGUUCCGAUACUACGAGGAGUCCAGGCUGAUCUGGUUUGCAAACAAGACGUUUGAGGACAUUGACCUGUUCCACCUCAUCGGGGUCAUCUGUGGGCUGGCCAUCUACAACCUCACCAUCGUGGACCUCCACUUCCCAGUGGCCCUGUACAAGAAGCUGCUGAAGAGGAACCCCACGUUGGAUGAUCUUAAGGAGCUGAUGCCUGAUGUGGGGAGGAGUCUGCAGCAGUUACUAGACUACACAGAGGAUGAUGUUGAAGACACAUUCUGCUUGAACUUCACCGUUACAGUGGAAAACUUUGGCGCCACAGAGGUCUUAGAACUGGUUCCAAAUGGCAUGGAUAUCUGUGUUGACAACUCAAACAGGCCUGAGUUUGUCUCUGCAUACGUGGACUACAUCUUCAAUAAAUCAGUGGCUGCGCUUUUCGAGUCCUUUUUCGCAGGCUUCCACAAAGUGUGUGGUGGCAAAGUCCUGGAGCUGUUCCAGCCCAACGAACUGCAGGCCAUGGUCAUUGGCAACACCAACUACGAUUGGAAAGAGCUUGAAAAGAGCACUGAGUAUAAAGGAGAGUAUUGGGCUGAAAAUCCAACCAUUAAGUUCUUCUGGGAGGUGUUCCAUGAUCUCUCUUUGGAGAAGAAGAAGCUCUUUCUCUUGUUUCUCACAGGAAGUGACCGCAUUCCCAUCCUGGGCAUGAAAAGCCUGAAGCUGGUGAUCCAACCCACGGGAGGCGGAGAACACUACCUGCCCGUUGCACACACCUGCUUCAACCUAUUGGACCUGCCCAAAUACAGCAGCCGGGAGACGCUCCAAAACAAGCUUCUCCAAGCCAUAGAUCACAAUCAAGGUUUCAACCUGGCCUAACGAAUGGCACACAGACAAUGCCUAGCUCCACCCAGACUGUCACAUGCACACGUCUUUGCCCCGUCAACUGACUCGAUUCCUGCUUUAAGACUGCAGCACUGUCACUGGCGUGAAAUGGAACAGACUAAGCAGCAUUUGCAGGUGGGCAAAUGGUUAUGCAAGAGGCUUGAGGGCUUUCUAAUUCAAGGCCAGUCUUUGCUUUGAUAUUUCAGCAUCAUUUACAGUUUCACACGUCACAAUAUUGAAGACCCAGUUGAGUUCAAAUUCAAUUCAUAUUGUUUGAUAUUUCUCUUGUAGAUUUAGCUUUUACCCGUGUUUGGAUAUAAACCUGUCUAAAUAGGCCAAAGUUCUGGUAUAAAAUCUUUGAGCUCAGCUGGCACAAGAUAGCACUGUUCAUGAAUUAAAUGAAUCUUCUACUUUGGCAAUUUCUACCAUGAAUAGAAAUGAAUCUACCAUGGUAAAAACAUGGUAUGAAUGUGAGCAUUUGAUGUUGCGUGGAAGUUCUUGGCUGUAAGCCUUAAAACUAGACAAAUAAAAAAUGAAACAUUACAGCCAUUGGUAUUGUGUGUAUGACCAAGUGUAAAUGAAUUUUGGCUUCAACUGUUAGAAUGCUGCUCUAAAACAUUGCAUUUUUGUGGAAAUUAUAGGCUAGUACCAACAUGACUUUUGUUUAUCAAUAUAAUUCCUCUAAAAUGUGUAUUGCGAUAACACUUCGGUGCUUUAUAAUUACUUCACAAAAACUACACUAAACUGUAGAUAACGCUCACGUUAUACAUCACUUAAUGGAUUUCUAUUCCAUGUGUAUGUGGCAUUGGGGAAAGUAUGAUUGAAGAAAAAAAACAUGUAAAGUGUUGGUCCCAUGUUUCAUGAGCUGAAAUAAAAUAUCCCAGACAUUUUCCAUACGCA